AUGUUCUAUUUUUCUUUGAAAUAUCUGUAUUUGAUAUAUUGUUUGUCCAAAUUCACAUAUGGGGCGUUUAACAUUGGGCCAGAAUCAUUUUGUGAGGAUCAUGUGGUUUUUAAUGAUGAGAGCAACAAUAUCAAUAACUACAGCAACAAUAUCAAUAACUACAGCAACAUCAAUAACUACAACAACAUCAAUAACUACAACAACAUCAAUAACUACAACAACAUCAAUAACUACAACAACAUCAAUAACUACAACAACAUCAAUAACUACAACAACAUCAAUAACUACAACAACAUCAAUAACUACAACAACAUCAAUAACUACAACAACAUCAAUAACUACAACAACAUCAAUAACUACAACAACAUCAAUAACUACAACAACAUCAAUAACUACAACAACACAACAUUUGAUUAG